GUAAAACACUUUUUACGACACAAAUGGAGAGUGAUAUUGAAUUUUAUGGUUUUCUUAUAUCAAGAUAUGAAUACGAAGAGAUCGACAAAAUAAGCAAAUAUUUGUUUCAAAGGACUAAACACAGGCCUACUAUUGGCAUAAUAUGCGGAUCAGGAUUGGGUGGUUUAGCUGAUCUAUUGACCGAUAAGGAUGUCUUCAAGUACGAGACGAUACCUAACUUUCCUGUUAGCACAGUGUCUGGUCAUAGCGGGUGUCUAGUGUUUGGCUACCUUAGAGGUGUCUGUCUAAUAGCUAUGAAAGGCCGGUUUCAUCCAUACGAGGGCUACCCUAUGGCUAAAUGUGCAAUGCCUGUCCGGUUGAUGAAAUUGAUGGGAGUAAAGACAUUGAUAGUGACAAACGCGGCGGGAGGUCUCAACAAGGGCUACAAUGUGGGCGACAUUAUGAUCAUCAAAGAUCAGAUCAAUUUGCCGGCGUUUGCCGGUAAUAGUCCGUUGAGGGGCGUGAAUGAUGACCGCUGGGGCGUCCGAUUUCCCGCUAUGAACGACGCUUACAAUAAGGAUCUAAUGAAAAUUGCCAAACAUUGCGCUCAGGAGCUGAAAAUCGAUCGAUUUAUGCGCGAAGGUGUCUACGUUAUGACUGGCGGUCCGUCCUAUGAAUCGGUAGCCGAAGUCAAGUUUCUCAGCAACUAUGGCGACGCCGUCGGUAUGAGCACUUGCCAUGAGGUAACAGUCGCUCAUCACUGCGGUCUAAAAGUAGUCGGAUUUUCUCUGAUAACCAACAAAUGUGUCAGCGAUUACAAUACCAAAGAGGUGGCCAAUCACGAGGAGGUCAUACAGGCGGCCAAUGAAAGAGCCAAAGACUUUGAGCGACUUAUUGAAAGUUUGGUCGAAAAGUGCAACAAAUAUGAAGAGUUUUUGAAUAAACGAAAAUCAAUUAACGUUACUAAUGGUCACUAA